UCUGGGCAGUCUCGAGAUUGCAUGAGCUCCCGGGCGCUCGUUCAAGCAUUGUUGUCCCUCUCGCGAACAUCGACUCCCACCCGGCCGUGACGUCGAGCCGCAACCCGGCACCUCUCGAAAAAGCGCCCUUUCUCAGCCCAUUGCAGCUCCAUCACAUUGCCCAGCCCGUGGCGAGACCCCCCCCCUACAGCGCACGCGCACCCCGCCUCUCUGACCGUCGACGCCAAGCCCCAGCCAUGAUAGAGCUCUGUCGUGCUGCUGCGGCCAGUUAACGCGAAGCGACACGACUAGCAAUCGCCCACAUAGGGAGGGCGAGCCUCGCGGGAGACGCCGACAAGUGCCACUGCCGAACACAUCCCCUCGUGGUGCGACCCCGGGCGCGGACGUCGGGCCUGCCGAUUUAGUUCGCCAUGUCUUGGGACCUGCUCCAGCGCUUCAUCGAGAGUGAUGUCUUCAACCAAGACCCCUUCCUCUCCGUGUCGUACCUCUCUCGUUACGCCGACCAUGUCGGAAUCACAUAUGUGCUCUGCUCGAAGCUCCGGCAGUUUCCUUAUGAGGACGUCGAGUUCUUUCUCCCGCAGCUAUGCCACCUCAUAAUAAGCGUUGACAAUGAGUCAAUGGCCCUGGAAGAAUUCCUCCUGGACCUGUGCGAGGAGUCGGUCUCAGCUGCGUUACUGACAUUUUGGCUCUUCCAAUUCUACCUACACGACCUCGCCCGAACGCCCCAGACGCAAGCCUUUCGAACCUGCCGACGGGUGUACAACAAGGUCCAGCACAUAGUGUUUGGGCUUUCCGACGCCCCACGCAACGACAAAAUCAAGGAGAAUACGCUGCCCGUCACUGUUCUGGCGAGCUUCGUCCUCGCCAGCGUGGGCGUGCCCCUGCUGCCGAAAUGGGCAGGCCCGCUGGCCAUAGCACAGGCACGCAAGGCGCAGCCCGACGGCGAUGUCGUCCACGAGACUGCGACACCGACUAUCAAAGUGGCCAGGAGCAAGACGGUGACAGGAACCACGACAACGGCAAAACCUCGCCGGCCAAGAGAGUCGCCGGCACAAGCGCCUCCAGCAGACCAGGUGGCAUCGCCCAAUGGCAAUGCCAACCCUCGGACGCCCAUACACCGGUCUUCUUCCUCCGAAGCCAAGCCUACCGCCUCUGCCGAAGGGCGAAAACCAGCCUAUCUGGAAAGUAGGCUGCUGGAAGCGCGCCUGAGCUCGGCAUCACUGCCACUACCAGAAGCUCGCUCCCCGAGGGCUGUGUCGAGGCCCUCGACGCCUAUCUCGGCAGGAAUUCCACGGCCAGGCGGAGAUUCGAUUUCUAGGCGCCAUUCCUCUCAUAUCAAGACGAUGAUGAGCAAGGCGGAGCUCACGCCCAAGAAGAAGGCGAGACUCUUGCGGCAGAACUAUUUCCGCAGCCAGCUCGCAUUCUUGACUGCACUCGAGGAUAUCUCGACAAGGCUGGUGAUCGUUCCGAAACCGGCACGGCUCAGCGCGCUGCGUGCUGAGCUGGCUCUGAUCGCGAGGGAUCUGCCUGCGGAGAUAGACGUCCCCGUUUUGUCCCCGCCGACUCUCGUAGAUGGGAAGCCCGGGUCGAGUCGCCAUCACCGAAUUGUCCGGAUCAACCCGGCGGAGGCUACGGUCUUGAAUAGCGCAGAAAAGGUCCCCUACCUCCUCAUGAUUGAGGUCUUGAGAGACGAUUUCAACUUUGAUCCCGAAUCUCCUGACAAUGAGAGAUUGUUGUCGACGCUUAUAGCCGAGCAGGGCAGCCGCAAGCGAUUGUUCGAUCUGACUGAUGCCCAGAGAUUACCUGCCAGCGGGAGACCAUCUGGAGUCGGAGAUGAGCAGCCUGACAGUGUCUUUGAGCCAGUGUCCGGUGACCUUGGAAGCUCUCCGAUGCUGAAGCCCGCUGAGCCGGGGACGCCUCCCGUCGUUCCGCAGCCGUUGAAGUCACCCCUGAACCCUAUGCGAUUCCCCAGUGGAGCGACAGGCUCAAGCAUGGCUGAAGUCAUGGGUACUCCACGAACCUCUGGUACUUCCACGUCACGGUCAAGUAGUCCCGGCCCCUUGCGGAGAGGGCCGAUUACCAGUGCGAGGAAUGCGUCGGUUGAUCAGCCUGACUUUUCCGCUUUAGCAACGCAUAUGCGGACGGCUUCUCAAAUGCUGGCCCAGCUGGAGGCUACAAGCGGCAAGCGGCCGAAGCAUGAGGUGGCUGCGAUUCGGACCAAGAUCAUUGCGAGCAUGCAGAGCCUGGAGGAGCAAAGCUUUGAUCUGGACGACGGGCAAGGGCCGACUUUCGACCUGAUUAUGGCCAAGAACGCCGCUUCUGCCGCCGCCUCUGUCGGUGGCGAGCCCGACAGCGAGACUGCCGACAUGGACGACGUCGAAGCACUAGACCCGGCGAGUAACACAUCCGCCGGUGCGGCACGCAUGGAGAACGACGCAAUGACGGGUGGUGUGCAGCGUAAGGGCGACCGUGACGACCCGAGCGCCGCCGUCUUUGGCGAGGCAUGGCAUAUGAAGAAGGAGCGAAUCCGACAGUCGUCGCCGUAUGGGUGGAUGAAGAAUUGGGACUUGGUCAGCGUGAUCGUCAAGACGGGCGACGAUCUGCGGCAGGAGGCAUUUGCUUGCCAGCUCAUCAAAGUCUGUCACAAGAUCUGGACCGACGCCGGGGUGCGCGUAUGGGUCAAGCUCAUGAGGAUACUGGUGGCGGGCGAAUCGGCUGGCCUGAUCGAGACCAUCACAAAUGGUGUUUCGCUGCAUUCAUUGAAGCGCAGCCUGACGCUCGCAUCCAUCGAGGCCGGGAUCAAUCCGCGCCGGCGUUUUGCCACCCUUAAGGACCAUUGGGUAAAGACCUUUGGCAAGCCGGACAGUGAGCCGUACCGUGCGGCCGUUGACGCGUUCAAGCGGUCGCUAGCAGCGUACAGCAUGAUCUCGUAUAUUCUGCAGCUCAAGGAUCGGCAUAAUGGCAAUGUCCUCAUAGACAAUGAGGGUCACAUUGUGCACAUCGACUUUGGCUUUAUGCUGUCCAACUCGCCUGGCUCCGUUGGCUUCGAGGCUGCCCCCUUCAAGCUCACGUACGAGUAUGUCGAGGUUCUUGGCGGUGUGCAAUCCGAGGACUUUGCGGAUUUCAAGGCGUUGUGCAAGCAGGCAUUUCAAGCCCUUCGUCGCUCGGCAGACAGCAUUAUCGACCUGGUCAGCAUAAUGGGCCGGGAUUCAAAGAUGCCGUGCUACGCGGCGGGCGUAGGCCAGGCGACCACUGCGUUGCGGCAGCGCUUCCAGCUGCACCUCAGCGCCGACGAGGCCGAGGCGUUUGUCGAGACAGACCUCAUUGGCAAGUCCCUGGGCAGCUACUAUACACGGCUUUAUGAUACUUUUCAAUAUCGGACUCAGGGUAUAUACUAGAUCUCGCUUCACAUCCCUUCUUCACUGGAUCUGUGGGGG